GCUCAAGAACAUGGCUCCGCCCAUCAGAGAGGGUCGGGGGUGCCUGCAAAGUACUGGAACACACCAGUGGGCAGGCUGUUCCACAAGGCCAGGCCCCCCUCGCGAGCCAUGGCUUCAGAGGAGGGGCCCUGUGAGAGCGUCGGCUCCAGCUACGCGGGCCUCGUGGAGCCCGAGGAGCACGAGCUCCUGGCAGGUCGCAUGGGCGAUUCGGUAGCGACGUCGACGCAGGUGGCGGAGGCAGCCACCCUGCCUGACACGCCGCUUGCGAUGAAUGAGAUGAAGAACGAGCUGAGGACGCCACCCUGUCGGCGUCCGCCAUCAGGUUCGGAUGCUGAACCAGAGAGCCCGAGCAGCCGACCCCGAAGAGCAUGCGCAUUCAUGGCGCUAGGGCUGCUGAGGAGAGGAUGGCCGAAAUCCAAGCAAGCAGGGCCGCGGUGCAGUCAGACGAGGAGCCGCUCGUUUCCCCCAAGAUCACGGUUGCCAGUGGCGAGGCCGCCCAGGCGACAGGCGACGCCGACGGCGAGGUUGCCGGUGGCGAGGCCGCGACAGGCGACGCCGACGGCGAGGUUGCCGGUGGCGACGCCGCCCAGGCGACAGGCGACGCCGACGGCGAGGUUGCCGGUGGCGAGGCCGCGACAGGCGACGCCGACGGCGAGGUUGCCGGUGGCGAGGCCGCCCAGGCGACAGGCGACGCCUACGGCGAGGACGACGACAGCGAGAGCAUCGAGAUCGACGACGACGACAUCGCGGGUGCGCUCGGGGCGCUCGUCGGGCCCAGCAUCUUUGACGGGGGCUUCGGGCAAGACACGGCCGAGGUCUACGGCCUCAUUCAUGAGCGAUCGCCCGACGCUAGAGCAGUCGAAGGCUCGGAAGGAGGCGGAAGAGGCGUUCAGGUUGUCACAGAUUCGCUCGGCGCGGGAGGCGCAGACCAAGGAGAUUGAAGCCCGGGGCGGCUGCAUGCUGAGGGGGGGCAUCACGCAGUCACAGGAGCAGUCGAAGAUCGACCAGAAGGCCAGGGAGUCCAAGGAGGCCGCCGAGCUGGCGGAGAUCCCGAGGAGGUCGAAGGAGCCGCAGGAGCAGGUGCAGGUGCAGAUCGAGGACCAGGAGCUGGCCGAAGCCAUGAGGAAGUCGAGGAACCAGCUGGAGAUCGACAAGGCUCGGCGCAGUGGAUAUCGAUCGCCUUCGCCAGACUCGCGGCAUCCGGAGGCCAGCGGCCACCGCGAUCCCUACCCAGACCCCGCGCCUUCGAGUCGACACGCUGCCGACGCGGCCGCUGGAUCAGCUUCCGCAAUCACGGAUACCUUGAGUACUGGAGGCGACUGGGAGGGUAAGGGGAGGAGUUGAUCGUGAUAAAUGCGACGAUGACGACAACGUUGAUAAAUACACCGCACUCACAUCUAUACCCCUGGGUGGGUGUAUGUGCGGCCGUUUUUGCGCUGUCAUGUGCGCGCAUGUGCGCGGCAUGUGCCAGUCAUGUGCCAGGCCUGCGCGGCCCUUCUAGGAUGGACUUCCUACUGUGCACGUCGUGCCCGGGCAUGUGCGGGGGCAUGUGCGCUGUGUUUUGAUGUAUCCAUCAUGCGCACAUGCACGCACAUUCCGACGCACAUGCGCGCACAUGCCUCCACAUGCGGGAGGUGUUCGAGAAUCGCAGAUCUGUCAUCGGCACAUGCACGCACAUGCCUGUGCAACCUCUCUUCGGGAGGCCGCGCGGGCCCGCACAUGCACG